UGCCUGGUGAUGUCAUUUGAUUUGAGCCGUGAUUUGAGGUAACUAAACAGAAUGAACGCACGAGCAGUGACUUCAGGUCCACAUGGGUUGACCAAACUGCCAACAUUUUCAAUUUCCAGUCUGGUGUACUGUGCGAGUAUGGAGUCCGCAGCCACAUAAAGACAAGACUUCUUGCACUUAGAAACAGAUAGUAUCUUGCUUAAUUACAAAGAAUUUGUUGCAUCCAUGGAUAUUAAGAACAAUCCAUGGAUUAUGGCUUCUGCUCUCUUCAUAUGCGUUUUGGUGAAAGCCCAUGUCUCCUUUGGAGCUGAUACCAUCUCCGCAAAUCAAUCCCUCUCUGGUGAUCAAACUAUUGUUUCUGGAGGUGGAGUCUUUGAAUUAGGCUUCUUCAAACCAGAUGGUAACUUAGUCUUGUUUAACGAGUCUGGAGUAUCAAUUUGGUCCACCAAUUUAAAUUAUGUCACAACAAGUUCAAUAGAACUAGAAGCAGUUAUUCUGGAUGAGGGGAAUCUUGUUACGAGAGAUAGGUCCACUAAUUCAUCGACACCUCUAUGGCAAAGUUUUGAUCAUCCCACACACACAUGGCUCCCUGGCAUGAAGUUUGGACGGCACAAGGGGACAAAAGUUAACCAAGUUCUCACUUCGUGGAAAAAUAAAGAAGAUCCAGCGUCCGGACUCUUCUCUUUUGAGCUAGAUCCGCAUGGAUCCGAUCAAUAUGUUCUAUUGUGGAAUAAUUCUGAACAGUACUGGCGCAGUGGAAUCUGGGAUGGGGAAAUUUACAGCUUGGUUCCUGAAAUGACGUACCUUAUAAAUAAUCACAUGUUCAACAUCACCCACGUUUCGAAUGAGAACGAGACUUAUUACAUGUAUUCUUUAACAGAUUCCAACACAUUUAAGGUAAUGCAAUUUAUUCUGGAUGACUCAGGGCAGGUUCAUCAAAUGUAUUGGUCAGAGGCUAGUAAUAAUUGGUUUGAGUUCUGGUCUGUACCGAGACAGAUUUGUGAGGUGUACGCUUACUGUGGUGCAUUUGGCAGCUGCAAUGAGCGAAAUAAGCCUUUCUGUGGUUGUUUGUCAGGGUUUAAGCCAAACUCGGAGCAGAAUUGGUACUCGUUGGAGGAUUAUUCUGGUGGGUGUGUGAGGAAAACCCAACUGCAGUGUGAAAACAAGAGUGACAGGUUUUUAGCAAUCCCCAAGAUGGUAUUGCCUGAACAUCCGCAAUCUGUUUCAGUAGCGAGUAUCAGGCAAUGUGAAAAGACUUGCUUGAAUGACUGCUCUUGCACUGCUUACGCUUAUGAGAACAACCAGUGUUCAAUAUGGAUUGGGGGUCUUAUUAAUCUGCGACAGCCUGCACAAGGUGACACCAAUGAGAAAACUAUAUAUAUCAAGCUUGCUGCUUCAGAGUUUCCAAGAAACAAAAAAGUAAUAGUCCUUUGUAGUGUCGUGGGUACUGCCGCUUUCUUAGUUCUCUUAGGCCUUGUCGUGCUUUUAUACUUGAGAAAGAAUAAGAAACAAAUUAAAACAACGAAAGCAAUGGAGGGUUCAUUGGUGGCAUUUGCAUACAAGGAUUUGCAAAAUGCAACAAAAAACUUCUCAGAAAAAUUGGGUGGGGGAGGGUUUGGUUCUGUUUUCAAAGGUGUUUUACCCAAUUCAAGUGUCAUAGCAGUGAAGAAGCUUGAAGGCCAGAGCCAAGGAGAGAAGCAAUUCCGAACGGAAGUCAGCACAGUAGGAAGUAUUCAACAUGUCAAUCUAGUACGGCUUCUGGGAUUCUGCUCUGAUGGUAUGAGAAAGUUGUUGGUCUAUGAUUAUAUGCCGAAUGGUUCUCUGGAUUCCCAUCUUUUCCAUGAACAGGCUCUUGAUUGGAAAGCAAGAUUCAAAAUUGCGCUGGGAACAGCAAGAGGAUUGGUCUAUCUCCAUGAGAAAUGCAGAGACUGCAUCAUACACUGCGACAUAAAGCCAGAGAACAUUUUAGUAGAUGCUGAAUUUUGUCCAAAAGUGACAGAUUUUGGCUUGGCAAAACUUGUUGGAAGAGAGUUUAGCCGAGUGCUGACAACAAUGAGAGGAACAAGAGGUUAUCUUGCACCAGAAUGGAUUUCAGGAGUGGCCAUCACAGCCAAAGCUGAUGUUUAUAGCUAUGGAAUGAUGCUUUUUGAAAUUGUAUCGGGAAGGAGAAACUCUGAGCAACUAGAAGAUGGAGAAGUAGGCUUCUUUCCUACUUUAGCUGCACGCCAAAUUUCUGAAGGGGGUGAUGUCCUUAGCCUAUUAGAUCCGAGAUUGAAGGAAAAUGCUGAUGCAGAGGAGAUUUCAAGAAUUUUGAAAGUGGCUUGUUGGUGCAUCCAAGAUGAUGAAACUCAUAGGCCAUCAAUGAGUCAAGUAGUAAAGAUACUUGAGGGGCUUUUGGAUGUGACUCAGUCUCCUAUUCCAAGAUCUCUCCAAGUGUUUGGCGACAACCAAAAGCGAUUAAUCUUCUUUACUGACUCAUCCUCAAGCCAUGGUUCAAUGUUACCACUCAAGAACACUUUACCUGCUCCAUCUCAAGCUAAGAACACCACAUCAUUGAAGAGUUCCGAAAUUUCUCAAAAAUAAAAUUAGGUCAUUGAGAUAAUUUUACAAUUUCCUUAUUCAGUUUAACAACAUGUGUCAUAUAAAAUCGCCAUAUAUACUGGUCUAUGGUAUUUUCAUAAUUUAGUGGCUUUUAUCUAUGUUACCAAGUUGUACGUACUUUUAAAUGCAAGGUUUUUGGUUCA